AUGGUACCUUCUGAAGUGCAAAACAUUGCCCCUUUCUCCGUUCCAUCCUCGGACACUUCUUCUGUACCCUCUAGCAUACCGUCGUCGGAGCCGUCGAUGUCAGGGAACGAUCCAGAACGAUACCAACGUUGGAAGCAAGAAUCUCUACGGCAUUCCACGCCAAUCACGGAGAAAUGGGGGUGGAUCGGAGCAGAUUCAUUCGACACAAAAAAAGACGCGAAGCGUGGUAAGGUCCACGACACCAGCUGGUCGCGACUCGCCGCGCGGUUCGCGCGACGAUCCUCCCCUAUCGUGUAUCGUAUGGGUGUUUGGAGUGUGGUGGAUUGGACAGCUGCUCCUUUUUCCCACGGCAACGAGACGACGAGUAUUGACCAGCGACAACCCACCCCGCCGCGAGCCGAACUGGGAUCGUACGGGGAAUUCCCCUCGAUCGACCUUCCUCUUACAAUCAUGGAAGACGCCCGGGCUAGAUUCUUUUCGUCGAUGGAAGGGGAAAUGGAAGUCCACGAGUCGGAACGCACCAGCGACGGUUUGGACAUUGACUUUUCCAUCACCGAAUCUGGUCGUACCGUAGCUCAUAUGGUGCAGCAGGACCACAAAACGCAUCACGACGAUAUGGACUUUUCUAUUACGAGCUCGGGACGUACGCUGGAUCACUUCGAUGCCAUCCAAGGAGAGAACAACACUGCGCACACGAACGAUUUCAAAAACUUUCAUCUUCCCGAAGGCUUCUCCACACAACACGGUCGUCACUAUCCAGCAAGUACUGCAUCGAACCCUACACCACCCGCACGCUCCAUUCCUAUUCCUCAACCACACCAAACGUACCCACCCGCGUCACUUUUGCAACAGAUUCCGUCGUCGCAAGCCAGUUCGCAAGGAAGUUCCGGUUCGGCGUUUUUGAGUUCCAUGCUCAAUCAAGGCCCCUUGUCGCAUACACCGCCGGUGGCGUCUAGUUACGAAGUCUCCCAUUUCGGCAAGCGCGCUCGGUCUGGAUCCGUUUCGGGACGCUUGCGAUCCGCGUCCGAUUAUUUGGAAGAAAAGGGACUGUUGGAUCGACAAACCAAGGGAAUUCUGAAGGAUUUGAUUAUUAUCGGAGACGAAGAACUCCAAGUCGCGUUGGACCGGUACGAAGCAGGAGACCCGUCCACACUGGAGCGAAUGAUAUCGUCCGGUGCACUGGAAGAGCGAUUACCGAAAGACUUGGACAUCUUGGGUGAUCUGGAUCUGGACUUUUUGACCGUCCAUGACGAUGGGCUGGAUUUGACCGGGGGCGACUCAAUCGAACCCCUGUUGCCCAGCGCCGAAUCCUAUCAUCAACAUGCGUCGCAAUCCCAGUCCCUAUCAGCGAACGGGGGAAGUUACCGACAUCGUCAAGCUGUUGGGCCUGGCCAAGCACCGAAUCUUGUAUCACCAGCGUACGAUGAUGGUAUUGGAGAUUUGGAUUUUAGCGGGGAGUUCGUGGAACAGGCUGAAUUUGGCUUCCAACCACAAUCCUACGGGUCGUCCAAGCAAGCGUCCGUUGCGGCGUCACCGACGGACCAUCCCAAUAACAUGAUGUCGGAAUACGAACGCCGUAUGCGAUCUAAUUCCCUAUUUUCGGCUUUAUUGGACCCACGCGGCGGUGGCAACAGCAGCGUCAACACUGCGACUGCGGCGGUCGCUUCGAAACACGGCAGUAGCGAAACAGACCGUACCGACGGUGGCCUCGAUUACGGCCAGUGGAUGGACCGAACAUUGGCGAACAACGCGAAAGCCACCGGCAUUCAAAUUGGGCAUCGAAGGUCUUCGGCUCCCGCUUCUUCGGUGCGCAGCGGCAUUUCGGCCAGCUUGGAGCAGGCGGAUCGAAAGAAGCAAGAUAAAAAGGACCGCAAAGAGCAAAAGGCUCUGGAAAAACUCGAAAAGAAGCAACGAAAAGAAGAAGAAAAGGAGAAGAAGAAGCAACAGCAACAACAAGCCGUCGAAGAGGAACAGAUGGAAGAGGAGCACGUUCCCGGUUCGGGUCGUCCCCGGGCACUCAGCGAUCCUAACCUCCAUACGUCGCUGGAUCAGCAUGGCUUGAUGAAUGUAACGCGCCCAGAUGGCUGGGUUGGUGCAUACUCGCCGGAAAGCCGAAAAGUACGCGUCGACCGAUUUAUGGAAAAACGAAAUCACCGGGUUUGGACCAAAACUGUAAAAUAUGACGUUCGAAAAAACUUUGCCGACAGCCGACUUCGUGUUAAAGGUCGCUUUGUCAAGAAGGAAGAUGAGCUGCUCAUGAGGGAAUUAAUGAGCAUGACCUAGGUACAUUUAGCAACAUUUUAUAAACAGGAUAGGCAGUGUUUGGGGGAGCGGCAAGUACCAGAUGUGAUAUCAUUAAACGAUCAGACGCUUUUGCUCCUUUGGAGCGCCUAA